GGGACUGUUCAGUUGUUAAAUAUAGUGAACUUGUUUUGCUUAUUCGCUUUCGAAGUGUUUUUAGUGUAAUUUAUCUGAUUACUAUUAUGAAAGGUCAAUUUAGACUAUAGCAAUGUUAAACCAAACUUCGACUGAAGCUUUGCUUUCAGCCGCUUAUGUUGAAAACUACUUAGAUUGCGUAGAAAACCUUCCAAAUGAUCUUCAGAGACAUUUAUCACGUAUGCGGGAGCUUGACGUAACAUAUAGGGAAUGUUUGCGUGAGGCAGAAAAGCAUCUAAAUAUUUGUAUAGGAUCAAGCACAGAGGAACGCCGUCGAACCAGAGCUGCACUACGCCUACAAACAGUUUUAGUUGCUGCACAAGAGAUAGGAGAUGAGAAACUACAAGUUGUACAAAUAUUACAAGAUCUCAUCGACAACAAACAAAGGUCACUUGAUUCUGAUCACAAAAAAUUAUUAUCUUGUAUAGAAGUAACAACAAAUGGCACUACAAAAGAAGAGGUGACUCCAACUCAAGAUGUACUCUCCAAGACAGAGAAGGAAGCCAGUGUGUUAACAACUCCUCAUCAAAACAUAGCACCACCGCCUCCGCCAGAAAGAACAAAUGAGAAAGAAAAGGAAAAAGUUGAGAAGGAAAAAGGCAGUGGUGAACGGUGGUCAAAAAGACCACGUAGAUCAAGAACAACAGCAGGUGCAAUGACUGAUGGAGCAGAUUCCAGUGAACGAGAUAGUGAGAGGCACACACACAACACAACACAUAAGAAAGGUAUAGGUAAAAAGAAAAAACGCAAAGUCCGACAAACGACGCAACGUUCGGAGACUCCACCGGAAGAGCCAGAUGCCAUCGACCCCGAUGAGCCUCGCUACUGUCUCUGUGACCAAAUCUCAUUUGGCGAGAUGAUUCUCUGCGACAACGACUUAUGUCCUAUAGAGUGGUUCCACUUCUCGUGCGUUUCUCUCACAACUAAACCUAAAGGGAAAUGGUUUUGUCCCAAGUGUCGCGGCGACAGACCGAAUGUCAUGAAGCCGAAGGGACAAUUUCUUAAAGAAUUAGAAAGAUACAACAGAGAGAAAGAAGAAAAAGCAUAGUCUUCAAAGAAUCAUUAAUGUGGAUUCAAAAUAAGUGAAUAUUAAUUUCAUCAAGAUUUUGGUUCUGUACCUAUUUUAAGGUACUAUACUGAAUUAUAAUUAAAAACAAGAGUAUGCUUUCCGGAGGAUUAUUUUAUUUUCAAACCCCUUUUAAAAUUAAAAACUUGUAAAGGUAAUAUUUACGUUAUCAUGUCCCACAUGUUUUGAAUCCAUGAUUGACAGACAUUCGUCUAGAGCACUUGAAGUAUUUAAAUGUGAUUUCACUUUUGUAAGAGAUGAUUAAAAUUAUUUUAUACAAGUUGUGACAAAUUGUUAUUAUGGCAUAUUCAGAUUAAGAAUGUGCCUAUUAAUGUGAAUAACAACGGUUGUUCUUAAUUUACGUAAAGCAGUUAAUUAACCUCAAGGAAUAAUAUAUAAUAAAUGACUGAAAUACUAACAUCGGAUUUCAUCUCACAAUGUUAAAUAGAUGCCAAUUAUUUUUGUAAUUUCGAUAUAUUAUGUUAACUUUUCAGUUUUGGGCAGCGUAUUUUAUUAUUUAUAUUAAGCACAAAAAACUUGCCUAGAUGUGCUCUGUGAUCCAGGGUCAUUAAGAGUUGACGCACAUAAUUUUUCAUGAGAACAAAAAAAUUAUAAACUGAUAAAAAAAUCAUGAAGGUGGUUUUAGUUUUAAGAAUACGGGAAAAUAAAAAGUUAUUUUUGGAAUGUCGGAUUACAUUAAAGAUUAAUUUCAAAACUAAUUUGUGCGUCUUAAACAAUUGAGCGAAGCUCUACUGAUUUCUAAAAACAUUAGCUUGUUUUUUAAAACACCAUAGUAAAAAAUAAUUACUACACUUACAAAAUCGCAGUUAUAAUUUUAAUUAAAAUAAUCUUUACAAUAGAAAUGUAUUAAAUUUGUUAAAUUUUAAAACAAAUCAUCUCUAAGCAUUAUCUGCAACUGUUGUAUAGAGAAUUUUAUAUUAGCUGUUACAGAUGUAAUUUCCUACUAUUUUAUU